AUGGAUGAGUUUGUUUCCCUCCUGAAGGCCCUCAAAAAGAACGACAAGAUUACACAGAAUGUUUUGCUUAUGAUUUCUGAAAGCUUUCGAUACAAUGAAGAAGCUGUGAGUGAUGCAUUGAUCAAGAAUCAUAGAAGCCUGCUUGGAAAAGAGGCGGUUUUGGAUUUUCUUUUUCUACUUUGUAGCAAGGAUACUAGGUAUCUGAGUCUUUUUGAAAAGUACAAAGAUGAAUUUAAUAGAAAUCACAAGAUAUUCAAACUUUUAUCUGGAGAAAGCCAGGAGGAAAAACCCAAAAGACCUAGAAUAGACGAAGAAAGUUCUUCCAGCUCGGAGGAUAUGAUCAAGGCCAGCAUUAAUGAAAGAAAUACACUCAUUGAUGAGGAGGGAGAAACUGAUUCCAAACCAAAGGAAGUGGCCAGUAAAAAAACAAGCAGAAGUGUGCUUGAGGAGGCAAGAACAAAAAACCUAUGGGAUAAAAAAGAGCAGGAAUCGGAUAUUUUGAAUAACGAGUACUUGAAGACUGAGAUGGAUCCCUCUAUUCUAUACUAUCCAAACCAAUGCAAACUAUGCGGUCUGAGGUAUAAAGAUACUCCAGAAGGCGAUGAGCAAAUGGGAGUUCACAUCGACGAGCAUCGAAGAAAAGCAAGGGUUCUAGGAGAAAAGGAUUGUAUAAGCAGAGAAUUCUUUCCAACUCUAGAAGCAUGGACAAAAAACAUCGAGAAGAUUAAACUCAGGCUAGAGGUUGAAAAAGUCGAGAAGAUUGUCCAUUCCGGAGGCCCAGCACUUUGUGAUGUUUGCCGUAGCAGAAUAGAAGUUGAAUGGGAUGAUCAGGAAGACAGAUGGAUACUAAAGGAUGCUGUUUCUCUUGAAAAGGGAGGGAGAACGAGUUUUUGCCAUCGAAAAUGUGUUUCAUAG